UGAUAAGAUGAGAGAAACAGUCACUGGCCUGGAAGUCCUGCAUCAGCCUCCCAGGGCCGAGGGUACCCAGCUUGUAAAGCGUCCUGAGCAUGGUCUGAGGAAAUUUGACAGUAGGUUCUAAAGCCAAGGGCACAGAACAACAGCACAAAAGCCUGGAAGUCUGUGAGCAGCUUACCCUUAUUUAGAUGGAAACUGAGUCUGAUCAAAAGGAGGGUCCUGCAUGGCUCUGUCUCUGGCCAGCUCCAACAGGGCACAUUCCCUGCCCACCCCUGGUAGUAGCUGGCUUGCCUCCUAUCUCCAGCAUCUCCAAGGCCCCAGCUUUGUUUCCCACUGGAAAGAAGCUGGGAAAUGUGGCUCUGGCCAGUGAGGGAGAAGGGGCCGUGUUCUGUGUCCUAGCAAAGACUCAAUUGUUACUGAAACCAAACUGGGUUGCCUUUCUCCAUUAUCCUCACUCCCUUCUGGUCUCCACUUUCAGAUGCCAAGUUUUAACCCAGAGUAAAGGCUGCUGUCGGACUGAUUUACACUCCAGAUCUGCUGAUGGGGUCUCAAAUGUUUCUUCUCUCUAGGACUGUCCCAGGGGCUUAAAAGUUACCACCGAAGUCUCAGGGCCUCGACUUCCCUUCAUUCCCGAUUGUCCUUUAACUCUGGCUAGGGGUGGUCUCCAGGUACCGGUGAAGCAGCUUCCCCAAGGUUCUUUUGUCCAGCUGCCUAGCGUGAGGGCCAGCUGGCUGGAAAGAGGACUUGCCCAUCCAGCAGGGCCCAGGAGGCCAAAGCUACAAGUUAUCUAGGAGCGGCUGUGGGCGGAGGCUGGCAGUUCUGAAGGUGGUAGUGGUUCCCAGCGUGGCUCCCCUUCAGCCCCUUUCAUCUGAACUGAAGGGCUCAUGCCACUUGUUAAUCAACCUUUCAAGUGGUACCAGGGAUCAUUUCCUGGUGGUAGGCUCGGCUGGAGCCUGGAAACAAGGAGCAGCCUGGAGACUUGGGGGUCUUCUCUGCCUGUGAGCCGCCGCUCCCACCAGCCCAAGGGUUAAGACCAGAAAGGAGGACGAUUUCGGAGUCAAAGGACUGACCACUGUGGUUAGCCCCUUGGAGAACCUUCAGUUUCUUCCGUUGCUCCCCUCCUUUCGGAUACGCAUCCCAAAAUGGCUUGCCAGCUUUCGUUCCUGUAACUGGAGCGUGGGGGAACCCCUCAGCCCUUCCUGAGCCCAGCCCGCCGCAAGGCUUGAAGGCACACUUCGGGAAGACCAGGGCUGCUGGACUGAAGUUUAGAGCCCGGGUGUUUGCCAUGGCCCCGCACUGGGCUGUCUGGCUGCUGGCAGCAGGGCUGUGGGGCCUGGGCAUUGGGGCUGAGGUGUGGUGGAACCUUGUGCCCCGGAAGACAGUAUCUUCUGGGGAGUUGGCCACAGUAGUGAGGCGGUUCUCCCAGACGGGCAUCCAGGACUUCCUGACCUUGACCCUGAGAGAGCACUCUGGGCUUUUAUAUGUGGGGGCUCGAGAGGCGCUGUUUGCCUUCAGCGUAGAGGCUCUGGAGCUGCAAGGCGUGAUCUCCUGGGAGGCCCCGGCUGAGAAGAAGAUUGAGUGUACCCAGAAAGGGAAGAGCAACCAGACCGAAUGCUUCAACUUCAUCCGCUUUCUUCAGCCAUACAAUGCCUCCCACCUGUACGUCUGUGGUACCUAUGCCUUCCAGCCCAAGUGCACCUACAUCGACAUGCUCACUUUCACCCUGGAGCGUGGAGAAUUUGAGGACGGGAAGGGGAAAUGUCCCUAUGACCCAGCUAAGGGCCACACUGGACUCCUUGUGGAUGGUGAACUGUUCUCUGCCACGCUCAACAACUUCCUGGGUACCGAGCCUGUUAUCCUGCGGAACAUGGGGCCCCACCACUCUAUCAAGACCGAGUACCUGGCGUUCUGGCUAAAUGAACCCCACUUCGUAGGCUCUGCCUAUGUCCCUGAGAGUGUGGGGAGCUUCACGGGGGACGAUGACAAGGUCUACUUCUUCUUCAGCGAGCGGGCCGUGGAGUACGAUUGCUACGCCGAGCAGGUGGUGGCUCGCGUGGCUCGUGUCUGUAAGGGCGACAUGGGGGGCGCGCGGACCCUGCAGAAGAAGUGGACAACAUUCCUGAAAGCACAGCUGGUGUGCUCGGCCCCAGAGUGGAAGGUCUACUUCAACCAGCUCCGGGCAGUGCACACCCUGCUGGGGACCUCUUGGCACAACACCACCUUCUUUGGGGUGUUUCAGGCACGGUGGGGUGAUAUGGACCUGUCAGCAGUCUGUGAGUACCAGCUGGAACAGAUCCAACAGGUGUUCGAGGGCCCCUACAAAGAGUACAGCGAGCAGGCCCAGAAGUGGGCCCGCUAUACUGACCCAGUACCCAGCCCUCGGCCCGGCUCGUGCAUCAACAAUUGGCACCGCCACAAUGGCUACACCAGUUCUCUGGAGCUGCCUGACAACAUCCUCAACUUCAUCAAGAAGCACCCGCUGAUGGAGGAGCAGGUGCGGCCUCGGUUGGGCCGCCCCCUGCUUGUGAAGAAGAACACUAACUUCACACACAUGGUGGCCGACAGGGUCACAGGAUUGGAUGGCGCCACCUAUACAGUGCUAUUCAUUGGUACAGGAGACGGCUGGCUGCUGAAGGCUGUGAGCCUGGGGCCCUGGGUCCACAUGAUAGAGGAGCUGCAGGUGUUUGACCAGGAGCCGGUGGAGAGUCUGGUGCUGUCCCGGAGCAAGAGGGUGCUUUUCGCUGGCUCCCGCUCUCAGCUGGUUCAGCUGCCCCUGAAUGACUGCACAAAGUACCGCUUCUGUGCAGACUGUGUCCUUGCCCGGGAUCCCUACUGUGCCUGGAAUGUCAACACCAGCCGGUGCGUGGCCACCACCGUUGGUCACCCAGGGUCCCUUCUGGUCCAACAUGUGACAAACUUGGACACCUCAAAGAUGUGUAACCAGUAUGGCAUUAAGAAAGUCAAACCUGCGUCCAAGAACAUCACUGUAGUGGCGGGCACAGACCUGGUUCUGCCCUGCCACCUCUCGUCAAAUUUGGCCCAUGCCCGCUGGACCUUCAGAGGCCGGGACCUGCCUGCCGAACAACCUGGCUCCUUCCUUUAUGACACAGGACUUCAGGCGCUGGUAGUGAUGGCUGCCCAAGCCCGCCAUGCUGGGCUCUAUCACUGCUAUUCGGAGGAGCAGGGAACAAGACUGCCUGCCGAAAGCUACCUUGUUGCUGUUGUGGCUGGCCCAUCAGUGACCCUGGAGGCCCGGGCUCCCUUGGAAAACCUGGGGCUUGUCUGGCUAGCUGUGGUGGCUCUGGGGGCUGUGUGCCUGGUGUUGCUGCUGUUGGUUUUAUCACUUCGUCGGCGACUUCGAGAAGAGCUAGAAAAAGGUGCCAAGGCAGCGGAGAGGACAUUGGUGUACCCUUUAGAGCUGCCCAAGGAACCAGCCAGUCCCCCCUUCCGCCCUGGCCCUGAAACAGAUGAGAAACUUUGGGAUCCCGUUGGCUACUACUAUUCAGAUGGCUCUCUCAAGAUUGUGCCUGGUCACGCCCGGUGCCAGCCCGGGGGUGGGCCCCCUUCUCCACCUCCUGGCAUACCUGGCCAGCCCCUGCCUUCUCCAACUCGGCUUCACCUCGGGGGAGGUCGGAACUCAAACGCCAAUGGUUAUGUGCGCUUACAGCUGGGAGGGGAGGACCGAGGAGGACUUGGGCAUCCACUGCCUGAGCUCGCGGAUGAGCUGAGACGGAAACUACAGCAGCGCCAGCCACUGCCUGACUCCAACCCGGAGGAGUCCUCAGUAUGAGGGGAGCCCCCCCACCUCACGGCGGGGGUCUCGUGGGAGGUGCGCUCUUACUUUUGCACAGGCACCAGCUACCUCAGGGACAUGGCCGGGGCACUUGCUCUGCCUGGGACAGACACUGCCCAGCAUUUGCCUGGCCAUGAGGACCUGCUCAGCGUGGGCACUGCCACUUGGUGUGGCUCACCAGGGCAUCAGCCUCACAGGAGGCCACACCCUCCUCUGAAUUUCAGACAUUGUGGGACCCCAGCAGCCAAAACUUUGCAAGGCAGAAGUUUCAAGAUAUGGGUGUUUGUGCAUAUAUGUGUUGGUGUGUGUGUGUAUGGAGGGGUGUGUGAUGUGUGUGUGUGUAUGUAUGUGUAUGUGUGUGUGUCUAGGUAUGUCUCUGUUAAGUCUUCCCUUGGCCUGGGGUCCUCCUGGUGAGUCUUUGGAGCUAUGAAGGGGAAGGGGGUCAUACCACUUUGCCUCUCCUACCCCCACCUGUCCCGAGCUUGGGACAGUAAUGUACAGAUGGGGAUGGGAUGGACAGGGUGCUGUACCCCUCUGGGGGGGAGUACAGGACUCAGGGGUGGGCCUAGUCCUGCUCCUAGGGCUGUGAAUGUUUUCAGGGCGGGUGGGGGAGGGAGAUGGAGCCUCCUAUUUCAGGGGGAAGGGUGGGCAGGGCCUCCCACUUGGCCUCUGGGUUCAGUGGUAUUUUAUACUUGCGCUCUUCCGACAGGGCUGGGAAAGGUUUGGGGGGAGGGGAGGGAGAAAGUAGGCAUGCUGUGGAUACUGGCAUAGCCUCUCCCAGCUCUAGGAAGAGGGCUCCUAACAGUGUAACUUAUUGUGUCCCCACAUAUUUAUUUGUUGUAAAUAUUUGAGUAUUUUUAUAUUGACAAAUAAAAUGGAGGAAGUGAAACUUAA